CUCCUUCAUGUGAGGGUUUGCAUGGUCGUUGUUGUUGUUGUUGCUCCUGAUUCUGCGCACAAGAUCAAACACCUCUGUAAAGUCACAGUGAGGAAUUAGAGCUGUGAGGCCUCGGCUCUAACCACCACCCUGCCGUGCUUCCUGCGUGACGCUUUUAACGGUGACAGAUGUUUUUUAGCAAAGAAGAAUGAGAGGAAUGUUUCCUCCCUUAAUGCCCACCUAUCAUCUUUAAAGGCAAAGACGGCGCUCUGGAAGGAGCCGGGUAGAGAGUGAAAAACCUGUUGCGCUUGUGUCCACCGCCCUUGACAAAUCUUGUGAUCGUGGGAUUAACAGCAGCCUGACGUUUUCAGCAGAUCAGGCGCGAGCUGAGCGUGGGAAAGUUGAGGAAGCUGUUUCCUGCGUUCACCUUCACCGUAACUUCACAACAUGAAGUAUUUUUCAGUUGAAAACAGGAAAAACCUCUGGCAUAUAAGGGCAUGUGUGUCCCGCAGAAAUGAUGUCACUGCUGCUGAUGACUCUCAUUUGGGAGGCAGGGGGCGUGUCCUCGCCGGAAAGACAGACACAGAGCAGAUAAAGAGGAGGCUUGUCGACAGUGACAUGAAGACUCAAGAAGCAGAUGUUCAGCUGAGAUAGAGGAAAGCCAGCAGCUAUUUCUGUCCAUCAAGUGUAGGGAAAGGCAACUAUGGGGAAGUCAGCCUCGAAGCAGUUUGCUGAGGAGCUGCUGGAGUGUCACAAUGAGUACAGGAGGAAACACCAGGCGCCGCCACUCAAGCUGGACAGCAAGUUGAGCAGGGAGGCCAGUCGGCCACUUCACAGCCAUGGUGUGGAAGAGCACGGAAAGGAUGGGCGUGGGCAAAGCGACGGCGUCGGACGGCUCGACGUUCGUGGUGGCUCGCUACUCUCCGGCAGGGAACGUCACCAACCAGGGUCACUUCGAGAACAACGUCCUUCCAGAUGCGUGAGCGCCGAGGCGACCGUCUGACGGUGACCCAACUGUGCAGACUCCAGGUCUGAAUGGCAACGGAAUUUGAGAAUGAGGAUUAACUUGAUGAUAUUUCAGUGAAGCCGAUAUAUUCAGGAUAAAGAUCUGACUGGCCUUUGGUUCGAUAUUCUCACAGGCUCUUUAGAAAGGGAUUCAUUGAGCUAACGCUAGAGCUAUGUUGGCAAAGGCCCAUCAUUAAACCUGCACCUUUUUGUUUCGUUGACAUGAGAGAAUCCUGCCAAAGUCUGUCAAGGAAAACACACUGUCUGCUUCACAAUAAAUCCCUGGGCCAUGACCACCAGCGUUCCUUCUCUC